CUCCCGAAUUUAUGAGUUUAUCACAUCACUUGAGAAUGAAAUUAAGUUUCAGUCCCUUUGAGAUCUUUGAACGCACAAAGUCUGACUGCUCUCUUUUCAAGGGGCUGAAGAGUGCGAACACAGCUGGAGAAAAAUUACUUGGUGUAGAAAUUGUCUUUUCCGCGCACCAUUGGGGGCCGCACCGGCCGGGUCCCGUGCGCUGCCCUGGCGUGAGUUUGGGGGCGCAGCGGGGCCCGGCGGGGGCGGCGAGCGCGCGUUCCCCCGCCCGCUCCGCGUCGAGGCGCGAGCAGCUCAGCCAGCCUUGCAGAGGGAGCUCUCGGCAGCUCAGGGGUCCCUCUGCUCCCAGCCACAGCAGCGCCGCCUGCGACACUCGGCGGCGACGGAGACCGGCAGCAGCGAUGAUCGGGCUACGAGAAACUAGAGAGCACCCCAACUGCUGGAAAAGCACGCAGGGCGACCGGCUUUGAAUUCAUGAGAAAGAAGAGUGUGAAACAAGAAGAAAAGAUAAGGUUGGAAGAGGGCAAGAGGAAAGGAGGGGAAUGGAAGGAAAACCCUGCAGCCACCAACACAAUAAACUGUAUCCUGAACCGCCUCAGCCUAGCCCAUCUUUUGCAGUGCGCACAUGUCAAUUUCCUCCAUGCAGAAUUCUGAAGAUGAUGGCCAGGGCAUGGCUGUGACCUAGGUGGCCUUAAAUGAUGAGACCCAUGUUAUAGGUCUUGGAAACCCCUUUCCAUUUGCCCCUUCUAGGCACAGACUUUCUUUGCCUUGAUACCUGUGACUCUUGAUAAAUCAUGAAUCUCCCACUAACUAGGGCAGCAAGCUCCCAAUGGUCCUGAAUCUGAGUAGGAGAAGAAAUGUCUCCCAAGCAGGGUAAGAAGUAAAAGUGUUCUGGGACAGCUAGCUGAGCCCUUUGUAGGCCUUCCACCAUCUGACAAAGACCUGGCAGUCUGACUUCAGGUUAUAAAUUGAGAAGAAACAUCAAGUAUUUGUUUGUCCUGUGGUUAAUCCGUGCUUCGCCAUGUCCAGAAGUCUUGAAGGGCAGAGGCUUGAGGAUCUUUCCCUGCCCCUGACAGAUCCUCACCUGACUAUACUCAAAGUGCUCCAAAUCUCACUCUAUCCACCCCAUACUCAACGUUUCUCAGCUGGGACAGAAGCCUAGGUAUGGCCAUAGGGAUCUUGUAGAAGACCUGUUUUGGAGACCAAGAUUUUCAGUGACAGCCAGAACUGACCUGACUGGAAUAAUGACAUUUUCCCAUCUGUCCUGUGGUGUUGUUCUGGUCCAGUCACUGCCUUCACUUUCCUAAGACUUGCCCAGCCAGGGUUUGAUUCUACUUUCUCACCACUCUGAACAUUCCUAUUCUACCAGUGGGCCUUUUCUGUGGCUUCAGGCCUGCAGGGACUCUACUGGUGGUUCUGGGACUGCCUCUGAACUAACCAGCUAUGGGUGUUGGUGUGGUCUGUAACCUAAUUGUUUUACCCCUGCUGAUCAUCCAAAAGCUGAACCCCUAUCCUGCCCUGCUGUGCCAGUGUGUAAAGGCUUCUGUCGGCCCUACCCCCACCAGACUAUAGUGAACUGCCAACAUCCUCUCACAGGUG